AUGACUCUCAGUUCAGAGAUGUCGGACGCUUCUGCGCUCUCGGAGGAGACCGACAUCGACGUGGUAGGUGAGGGUAGCGAGGAAAGCGACGGACUCACGCGCUCCUACACGGACGAGGUUGCUCAGAUGCACGAAGACGACAUCCUGCUUGCUGGUUCCCCACCACCGUGUGUGGACGCUUCGGCCUCACGAGACCCUUACAAACCGGCCACUAAGAACACCCUUGUGAAACCCCCGUACUCGUACAUCGCACUUAUUACCAUGGCAAUCCUGCAGAGUCCCAAAAAACGGCUCACUCUUAGUGAGAUCUGUGACUUCAUCAGCAACCGGUUUCCGUACUACAGAGAAAAGUUCCCUGCAUGGCAGAACUCCAUCCGACACAACCUGUCACUCAACGACUGUUUCGUCAAAAUCCCACGGGAGCCUGGGAACCCUGGAAAAGGCAACUACUGGACUCUGGACCCGGAAUCGGCGGACAUGUUCGACAACGGCAGUUUUCUGAGGCGCCGGAAGCGUUUCAAACGACAACAGGCGCCUGACCUGCUUCGGGACCACGGAGGCUUUCUCCCAGCUGCUGCAGCAUACGGUUACGGACCCUAUGGCUGUGGAUACGGUCUCCAGCUCCAGUCUUACCACACGCACUCAACACUCUUCGCCUUCCAGCAACAACCGCAACAGCCGCCGCCACCGCCGUCUCGGCACACACACACCGGAACUCUAAUCCCCGCGCCCUCUCUCAUGCCAACCACCACCGAGCUUGCUCGGUCGCGUUUCUAUCCCUCUCUUAGCCCCAGUCUCUCCUCCCCGGUACAGACUGCAGCAGCCAAAUCCGGUUCCCCCGUGCACCGUUCUCCCUUCUCAAUAGAGAGUAUCAUCGGGAGCUCGUUGAGCCCUGCACACACGCAUUGUGCCUCGCGGACUUCCCCCGUGGUGCCGGUGUUACCGGUCUCCCUCGGGUCCCAACACUCCCCAAACCCGCCGCCACUUCAGGGAGUUGUACACGGAGGAGCAGCAUUGCACUCGGUGGUCGAGAGCUUUCCGAACCGGAUUGUCAGCGGUACUAGUGGCUGCUAA